UUCCCAUAACCCAUCACUUCCCACUGCCAUGGCGGCACCCACCACUGAGCCUCUCCUUUCUUCUCCCGCUACCCACACCACCCGCCUGCCCUGCAAAGCUUUGCUGCUUACCCUGUCCUUGGCCACGGUCGUCUGUCUCACUGCCUUGGUGACUAUCCAAUUAAUGACCACCACCACCACCAUGAAUCUCCCACUCCAGCCCUCUGGUGAUCUCUGCGCCAAAUCCCCAAAUCCCACCUCCUGCCAUGCCAUCGUCUCUCAAGUCAUGCUCACCAGUACUGAGAAUCACCACCCAACCCCUGUCCAAAUCUUCCGCUCCCUUCUCCACAAUUCUUUAGUCCAACUCGACGCCGCUGCGGCCUCCGCAGCCGAUAUCCACCUCAGAUUAAUCAAGGAGCCCAAGCAGCAGGCGGCCCUCGCCGACUGCAUGCAACUGCUGCAACUCUCGCGCGACCGCAUCGUCAGCAGCGGCGACGCUGCCCGCACCGACGCUAGGACGUGGAUGAGUGCUGUGCUCACUAACCACGCCACGUGCCUCGACGGCCUCCACGGCGCAGCGAAGUCAGCCAUGCAGGCUCAUCUCGAAUCCCUCAAGGCUUCUGCCAGCGCGUCUCUCGCCGUGCUCCACGCGGUCCCCUCUUCGGAGCACGACAAUGAUGAUGACAUCGUCAAACCCGUCGCAACUUUCCCGUCGUGGCUGUCGCACCGAGAUCGUAAGCUUCUACAGAUGACCUCACCCAACGCCGUCCAGGCCAACGCCGUGGUGGCGAAGGAUGGAAGCGGCACGUUUAAGACGGUACAGGCGGCCGUGGAUUCGGUGCCAAAUGGCAACAAGAACCGGUACGUGAUCUACGUGAAGAAGGGUGUGUACAAAGAGAACGUGAGCUUGGGGAAGAAGACGACUAACGUGAUGAUUGUUGGUGACGGCAUGGACGCCACCGUCAUCACCGGCAGCCUCAAUGUGGUGGACGGAUCCACCACCUUCAACUCCGCCACCUUAGCUGCUGUCGGCGAUGGGUUAAUCCUGCAAGACCUCAAGAUCGAGAACACCGCCGGCCCGCAGAAGCACCAGGCGGUCGCCCUCCGCGUCGGGGCCGACCGCUCUGUCAUCAACCGCUGCCGCCUCGACGGCUACCAGGAUACCCUCUACGCGCACACCCUCCGCCAGUUCUACCGCGACAGCUUCAUCUCCGGCACUGUCGACUUCGUCUUCGGCAACGCCGCCGUCGUGUUCCAGAACUGCAACCUCACCGCCCGCCGGCCCAUGGACAACCAGCAGAACCUCGUCACCGCCCAAGGCCGCGAGGACCCGAACCAGAACACAGGAACGUCAAUCCAGAACUGCAACGUCGUGCCCGCUGCCGACCUCAUCCCCGUAAAGGGGUCCAUCCCGUCGUAUCUUGGCCGGCCGUGGAAGGCGUAUUCGAGGACGGUGGUCAUGCAAUCCUACAUCGACAGCCACAUCAAUUCCAAGGGCUGGCUGGAGUGGGACGGGGAGUUUGCUCUCAAGACUCUGUUUUAUGGGGAGUAUCAGAACAGGGGUCCGGGCGCCGGUACGGGCGGGCGGGUGAAGUGGCCGGGGUACCACGUUAUCACCGACGCCAACACGGCCAAGGCCUUCACGGUGGCGUCGCUCAUACAAGGCGGAUCCUGGUUGAAGGAAACUGGAGUGGCCUUCGCCGAAGGGUUAUGAGCUGCUGCCAGGGUACUUCCUAGGGGGGAGGCUCUUGCCAUGUAUGAUUGUCUCCCUUCUCUGGGGCCUUCACUUGAUCCUUGCUCUCUGUUCUGACGCAGAGUAGCUAUGAUGUAAUAAUGUCGAGGGAAAGCUGUCGUUUGAGAUGUUUCCAUCUAUGGUAGACCUCUGGAUCGUUCAAAUCCAUCCAUUCCAGA